AUGUCUUUUCUCUAUGAAAUACGGCUUGUGCCUUGUGGCAUAAAGGUUUUUGGCAAAGUCCUGACAUUAUUAAUUGUGGUUGUUCAACAGAUUUAUGUUGCAGCCAAUGGGGUUAUUGUGGAAGUGGAAAUGAUUUUUGUGGGAAAGGGUGUCAAGGAGGGCCUUGUUUUGGUAAUAAUUCACCAUCAAACAAUGAAGGUUCAGUUUCUACUAUUGUCUCUGAUGCAUUUUUUUAAUGGCAUAGCUGAUCAAGCUGCUUCUAACUGUGAAGGGAAAGGGUUUUACACAAGGGCUAAGUUCCUUGAAGCUCUUAAAUCUAAUUCUAAUUUUGGAACUGUGGGUUCUACUGAUGAUUCUAAGCGUGAGAUUGCUGCUUUCUUUGCUCAUGUAACCCAUGAAUCUGGACGAAAAGCCAUUGGAUUUGAUGGCCUAAAUGACCCUGACAUAGUGGGAAGAGAUGGUGUUAUUUCCUUCAAGACAGCCUUGUGGUAUUGGAUGAACAAUUGUCAUUCUCUCAUUACUUCUGGCCAAGGUUUUGGUCCAACUAUUCGAGCCAUUAAUGGUCGGAUUGAAUGUGACGGUGGCAACCCUCAGACUGUUGCCAGAAGGGUUGAGUAUUAUACUCAAUAUUGUCAACAACUUGGUGUCGACACUGGGGAUAAUCUUACCUGUUAG